CAGGUGACUCUUGUAAAUAUUUCGGCUUCAGUCACCUCUGCUCUUCUUAUUAACAUACUCUAAAUGUAGUUUGGAGCAAUAUCAAGCCAUGACAGAAGAGUCGAGUUCAUCAAGUGACGAUGCUUCAAGGAAAUGCAAUCCAGGCAAUGAGACUGAUCUACCAGACGCAAUUAAAACAACUGCUGUUGCUAUAAAUCUUUGUUUGUCAAAUAAGUUUCUUAAAGCACAAAAGCUUUUGGAGCCAUGGGCCAAAGAGAGCAUGUACCAUGCAUUAGGAUAUGGAACUAUCAUGUAUUUGCAGGCUGUCAUGACUUUUGAACCGCAAGCAAUAGAAGAGGCAUGUGAAAGCAUAAAGCUUGCACUAGAUGUUUGUGACAGACAAAGGCGUAAACAGAGCUGGACUGAAUCACUGAGUAGCUGGAUUUGGAGUCCCUCGUAUGAUAAGAUUACAGAAGAAGAAAGACAUGCUGAGCUUUGUUAUGCUGAGUGCUUGCUACAAAGAGCAUUACUGACAUUCAUUCAGGAUGAAAAUUUGAUCAGUUUUAUCCGAGGUGCACUAAAGAUAAAGGCUUGUUACCACUCUUACAAAACAUGUCAUAGCAUGGCUACCAACCAAUCACAUGACCUUGCUAAGUCACCACAAAGGCAAGACUUUGAAGGUGGUGUUCAUCUUGGUAUUGGCAGUUUUAAUCUGCUUUUAUCUUUACUUCCAACAAGAAUUCUCAAAAUCUUAGAGUACAUUGGAUUUUCGGGUGAUAAGGCUCUUGGCUUAGAUCACUUGGAUAAAGGUUGUCAAAGUCAAAGCUUGAGGUCACCAAUGUGUGCAAUGAUAUUGCUGGCUCAUCACAGUGUAAUCUCCUACUAUUUGGGAAUUGGUGAUGGAGAUGUUGAAUAUGCAGAUGAGGUAUUGCAGCCUUUUAUCAAAGCAUUUCCAAAGGGAGCGAUCUUUUUGUACUUUGCUGGACGCAUUAGACAAAUACAAGGCAGACUAGAUGAGGCAGAGGAGCGUUACAUGUAUUCCAUCAAAGUACAAUCAGAAUGGAAACAAUUCCAUCACAUUUGUUUCUGGGAACUUAUGUGGUGUUGCAGUUUCCAAGGUAACUGGUCCAGGGCAUAUCACUUUGCUGCUGUUUUACUCAACGAAAGUCGAUGGUCUAAGACUACCUAUAUGUACUUGAAAGCCUCGUUCAAGUUUAUGGCUCGAAUAACCAAUCAGACUAUCUCAAAAGAAGAUAAUAGGAGUGAAGAGGAUUCAGAGGAAUACAUGUUUAGACAUCUGCCUGACUUCAAACAAAGAAUAGCUGGAAAGUCAAUUCCAUUUGAAAAAUACUCCAUCCACAAGGCAGCUAAAUACUUAAGUCAAGGAAACUGGCUCUUUUUACCUGGACUGGAGUUGAUCUACAUGUGGAAUGGUUUUUAUGUUCUGCGGCGUCGCCCUGACUUGUCUCAUCAUUUGCUGAACCUUGUUCACAAAGAACAAGAAAAAUUAGAGCAUCGAAAAGAUGAAAUGUAUUACAUUGAUGACUGGUGCCUGGGUAAAGUACUGGAGGGGAUGUGUUAUCAGUGUACAAGGGAAACAGAAAAAGCACUGCAAUCCUUACUUGCUGCUCUAGACAAAUCUAGGGAUACCAUUCUAGACAAGCAAUUAGGAGCGUAUGCUUGUGCUGAAGUAGGGUUUUUGUACAUGGACCAAGGAAAAUAUGUGUUGGCCAAGAGGUACCUUAAGACAGCAUGCCAUGAAUACCAGGGUUACUUCUUAGAAAGCAGACUUCAUUUCCGCAUUCAUGCUGCUUUGAGUAAACUGAAAAAAAUUGAAAAAGAACACAAACAAGCAAGAAAAGCCGUCAAAGCCUCGAAAGCAGCCAAAAACAAUAACAUGCCAAAUGACAAUCCACUGAGUGAUACAGAAUCGGAUGACUCUGAAGGUCUGUCAAAUUACAGCACUGCAUCUGAGGGUGAAGAGGAGAAAUUUGAGGAUGCAUAUUCUGAUACAAAUACAAACACUCCCUUUUUUGAAAGCAACCAAAUUGAUGGCCGUCCCAGGAGCUAUGAAGGAAUGCCUAGAGAAAAUACAUUUACAAAAUCCUGCACCAGUCAUGGAGGAACAGCACCUAUUAACAAGCUUUAUAAAAAAACUCAACCAUCCCAAAGGACUUUGCAACAACCUAAAGGUUUUAGUUCUCCUCGCGUUUUCCAUGAAACAACUCUAUGACAUUUUGAGGAAUGUUCUGAAUUAUACUUUUAAAGUGCACAAUAUGUGAACCAUUUUAGAAAAUCAUUUUUAACAAAAGGCAAAUAUGAUGCUAAUCAUUGUUUUG